UGCUGAACGCACUUUAAUUAUGGCGAUAGAUUUGCGAACCAUGUGUCUUGAAAAUUCGUGAUUCCAGAAGGUAUAAAGCACAGUUUGGUUAUCAAGAGGAUAUUAAGGAUUAUUUUUCUUACGCGUUGGUUUAUCAAAUUACGUGAUAAAAUUUCGCUACUUAAAGCCUUAAGAAAAUCUGGUAGGGCGGAAAUUCUCCAAAACGUCAAAACGCAUCAUCCCAUCUGAUGCAACAACACGUUGCAGGGCAGUCAAGAUCGAAUUCUAAAUGCGGGCUUUUUCGACAAUGCAUUUGUUUACGCUCGUCGACAGAUAGUGUUUCAGAUCUCCUGCGGACACUGACGAUUGUCCAGCAGCGUUGGAAACGUCACGAGAAGAGGAACUUAAAGCUAUUCGAACAUCAGUUUUAACGGCAAACGAAGCAUGUCUCUGCCGAAGUCAGACGGGAAGCCAAAUUUCCCGCAGAAGACGCGGGAGGAGAUCAAGGCGGAGCGCGAAGCGAAAAAAGCUGCUAAGAUCGCUGCUAAAGCGGCGAAGCUUAACGCUGACAAGGCGGACAAGAGUGCAGCUUCAAUAGCUCAUUGUAAGGUCCCAGUGAGGGAUGCGAAGACAGACGUGAUGAUAGAAAAAAUUAACAAGAUAGUGGAAACGGACAAUAGUAAAAGUAAAUCUGUGGUAGCUAACUGUAAACUCGUAGAAGAAAGGACAAAAUCAGACGCCGUGAAAAACGACAUGUCAAGUUCACAGCUUGAUCGAGAGUCUUCGAAAGAAAAUGCAAUUCAAUCAUCAGGUAUCAUCCAAAACGGUCCUUCUGAAAAUGCACGGUUGGUCACUAUCCAAUCCAGUGAAAAUGAGGGUAAGAGCAAGGCUGAGCUGCGUGCGGAACGAAGAGCCAAGCAAGAAGCUCAGAGAGCUGCAAAACAACAACAGUUGUUGAAAAAGGACAGUGUGAAAAGUAAAGAACCUCCCAAGCCAAGCGUAGAAACUGCACCUGUUGAAAGUUUGGUGAAGAAAAGCAUCAUGAAAAAUACGACAAAAGAGGAUGCGCACGAAGUUAAUUUAUUCAAACACUUGUAUCAAGAGAGGCAGAGACUUUCAGAAUACCAAACGGUCACGGGGAACUCACAUCUACAUCCAGUGAUUGUUAGACUAGGUGUUAAAUAUGCUAACAAAGUUAUUGUCGGCAGCAAUGCUAGAUGCGUCGCGUUUUUGGCCGCGAUCAAACAGGUGGUCAAGGAUUUUGAGAAACCGACGCAGGCGGAUUUUAUUCGUGGUCUCGAGGCAAACUUGAACAAAUCGCAAAAAUACCUGGAGCACUGUAGACCAUUAGGUGUCUCGAUGCAGAAUGCCAUGCGUCAUCUCCAGUGGCAGAUGACACAAUUUUCAUCUACAUUAUCGGACGCUGAAGCGAAAAGUAAGCUACAAGGAUUAAUAGAUACUUACCUCUCGGAACAAAUUGAGCUGGCUGGCAAAGCGAUAUCGAUGACUAUACAAAGUAAAAUAUCGGACGGAAAUGUUAUUUUAACAUAUGGCUUUUCAUCUUUAAUUCACAAGAUAUUAGUGGACGCACACGCUGCAGGCAAAAAAUUUCGUGUAAUCGUAGUCGACGGUAGACCGUGGCUAGAAGGAAAGGAACAGUUGAGGCGUUUGACAAAACACGGAAUUGAAUGCUCAUAUAUACUGAUCAACGCUCUCAGUUUCAUAAUGCCAGAAGUUAGUAAAGUUUUUCUAGGUGCCCAUGCAAUAUUAGCUAAUGGAGCAGUAAUGUCAAGAGUAGGAACCGCGCAAGUUGCUCUGAUGGCAAAAGCCUUUAAUGUUCCUGUUUUAGUAGCAUGCGAGACGCACAAAUCGUCUGAACAAGUACAGACCGACUCAAUCGUUUAUAAUGAAUUAGGUGAUGCAAACGAGUUGGUGAAUCAUCAAUCGAAUAACAAUUCUUUACUCUCGAAUUGGCGAACAAAGAAAUCGUUGAAUUCUUUGAAUCUUUUGAACAUCACUUACGACGUAACGCCGGCCGAUCUUGUAACGGCUGUUGUCACGGAACUAGCGAUUCUCCCAUGUACUAGUGUUCCUGUGAUUUUACGAAUUAAACCUUCCGAAGUUCCGAUUUAAAUAUGUAUAUUUCUUCAAGAAAAAAUUUACGAGAAAACCGAUAAACGCGACAUCUAAAAAAAGAAAAACGAGUAUAAGAAUUGUUGAGUACAAUACUUUAAUGUAAAUAUAUGAAUUAGUCUGAUUAUUUCACAAAAUAAUUAUAUUAAUCGAACGCGAGGUUAAUAUCGAUUAAUAUAUCGUUAUACAUAUUAUCGUUGAAAUAAACUUUUUAAAACUGGUGCAGAAACAUAGCAAAUUUUGCUUGGAGGAGUCUUGCCGAUACUUAUUAAGUUUUUUAACAAUUAAUAUCAAUUAGCGUUUUAUAUAUCUAACAUCUAUUAUAAUGUGCUAUUUAAUACAGAGCAAAUGCAAUGCAAUUGAUAUGAAUUGUAAAAAAUAAAAUCUUUCUGAUAAAGUUA